AUGGAGGUUGUGGAUGGAUUGAAUGUAAAUAUGACAGGAAAAGUGGUUUUGAUUACCGGAGCUUCAUCAGGUAUCGGAAUUGAGACUGCUCGAGCUAUGGCACAUGCCAAAGCGCAUGUAAUUAUCACGGCUAGAGAUAUGAAAAAAGGUAAUGAUGUGGUUACCGAUAUUAAAAGAACAACUGGUAAUAAUAAUGUUGAAGUAAUGGAACUAAAUCAAAGUUCAUUGAAGGCUGUUCGUAAAUUUGUCGAUCAAUAUACAGCACGUAAAUUACCAUUGCAUAUACUUAUUUGUAACGCUGGUAUAAUGGCUACUCCAUAUCAGAAAACGGAAGAUGGAUAUGAAUCUCAGUUUGCUGUUAAUCAUUUAUCACAUUUUCUAUUGACAUUGUUACUAUUACCAAUCUUAAAAGAAAGUAAACCAGCAAGAGUAAUCGUUGUCAGUUCACUAGCUAACAAACGAGGUGGAAUUAAUUUCGAUGAUAUAAAUUGGGAAAAACAUUAUGAUAAAUGGUUAGCCUAUGCUCAAAGUAAGUCGGCAAACAUUUUGUUUGCUAAACAGUUUAAUAAACUGUAUGCCAAAGAGGGUGUAGUUGCAUAUUCAUUGCAUCCUGGAGGAAUUAUGAGCGGACUGCAAAAAGAUUUAACAAGAGAAGAAAUGGAUGCCAUGGGAUGGCUUGAUGAAAAUGGUAAAGCACGAGACGGUUUUAAAACGGUUGAACAAGGUGCAUCGACAACCAUAUGGGCUGCGCUAUCACCUGAGUUAGAAGGAAAAAUUGAUGGAGUUUAUUGUGAAAAUUGUGCUAUUAGUCAGGGCGUCGUACUAGAACGAGAAAAAAUGUAUGGUAUGGGACCGCAUACAAUGGAUCCCGAUGUGGCGAAACGCCUAUGGGAUGUUAGUAUGGAGUUGACCGGAUUAAAUCCGAAAAAAUGA